GAUAACUAUUACACUCUACAAGCUUGAAUCAGUGAUUCUUCAAGAUUUACCAAAGCUCAGAACUUUUAUCCACACUGCAAAUUAUGAUUUUCAUGUGCCGGCCUUAAAGAAGGUGAAAGUUAGUAACUGCGGACUCACUACUCUUUUCACCUGCUCUGUCUUUGCUAAACUCCAACAACUCAAGAGAUUAAAGGUAUGGAAAUGCCGAUUGUUGGAAGACAUUGUUGAGGAUGCAAGAGGUGAUGAAACUCAUGUCACAUGUGACAAGAUUAUCACCCUGUCGCGACUCUCUUCAGUUAUGCUUCGUGAUUUGCCAAACCUCAAAAGUUUCAGUCGCUCUGUAAGGUAUGGUUUUAAUAUGCCAGUAUUAGAUGAGCUUUAUCUGCAGAAGUGUCCGCGGGUGGAGAUGUUUACUUCCUUGGAAACCAGCACAGGACUGGUAUCAGUAUAUAGUGAAUGGCACAAGGGGGAAAAAGUUGCAGACCUGAACAACUACAUAACACAAAAUCGCGAAAGAGGAAGUGAUUUCAACAAUAGUGCUGGAGAGCCUAAUUCAAGAACACGAAACAGAAGCAGAGAGAGUUGAAGUCAAGCAGCCUCGUGAUUGUAAAGUUAAAGAGGAAGAUGAGUUGUAGAUAGCAGCCUGGGGAAUAGAAAGUUCAAAGGAGCAGCAUUAGCCCUCAGCUUCAUGUGCAUAUAUUAUUUCAACAAACCAUUUUUUUUUUUUCAAGUGUUUCUGGGCCUGUUAAUAAAAGUCACAACAUGCCCUCUUUCCUGGAAAAGGGCUGUGUUUUUCAAUCUAGCAUAUCAGCCACAAGCUACUAUUCAAUAUCAAGACUUUAGUACAAGUGCACAACCUAAAGUAAAUCUGUCAAAUACUCCUCAUGGUUCAAAAAAGGAAUAUAUAAGCUCCUUUAUGCAUGCCUAAUUAUGCCAGUAUCUAUUCUUGAAGCACUCUCACACAAGUAAGUCUUGUCCGCUAUUAGUCAGGGCCACGUGCCACUCUUUCACACAAAAAAACGCGCACACAGUGAUCAAUGGCUUCAAUUCCAGUAGUGGUGCCAAGAAUAAAGCUAGGCUCACAGGGCCUUGAGGUUUCAGCUCAGGGUUUGGGUUGCAUGGGCAUGACAUCCUUUUAUGGCUUAGCCAAACCUGAGUCUAACAUGAUCAAACUCAUCCACCAUGCUGUCAACUCCGGUGUCACGUUCUUAGAUACUUCUGACUUCUAUGGCCCCUACAGAAAUGAAAUCCUCAUCGGAAAGGCCUUAAAAGAGUUGGGUUUGAGAGAAGAAGUGCAAGUAGCUACUAAAUUUGGAGUGACUACAAGGGAUGGACAGGUUGAAAUUCGUGGGGAUCCUGCUUAUAUUCGGGCUGCUUGUGAAGCUAGUUUGAUCCGACUUGGUGUUGAAUGUAUCGAUCUUUAUUAUCCCCAUCGUGUUGACACUCGUGUUCCUAUUGAAGUUACGAUGGGAGAACUUAAAAAACUAGUUGAAGAAGGUAAAAUAAAGUACAUAGGAUUGUCCGAGGCUUCGGCUAAUACUAUCAGAAGGGCUCAUGCUGUUCAUCCCUUAACAGCUUUACAGAUAGAAUGGUCAUUGUGGUCCAGGGAUUUGGAAGCUGAUAUUGUUUCAUGCUGCAGAGAGCUAGGUAUUGGGAUUGUCCCAUACAGUCCCCUUGGAAGGGGAUUUUUCGCAUCAGGCCCCGAGCUAAUUCAGAACUUACCUGAAGGUGACUUUCGAAAGAAGAUGCCGAGGUUCAAACCUGAAAAUCUUAAGCACAAUAAACGCGUAUAUGAGCAGUUGAGCACAAUGGCGUCAAGAAAAGGGUGUAGUCCCUCACAAUUGGCACUCGCCUGGGUCCAUAAUCAAGGAAACGACGUUAUACCAAUACCUGGUACCACAAAGAUAGAGAAUUUUAACCAGAAUGUCGGAGCUCUGUCAGUGAAACUAACAAAAGAAGAAAUGGCUGAACUGGGAUCUUUUGGUGCUGCUGAUGUUGUUAAGGGAGACAGACAUGGUCAAAUGACAUUUACUUGGUUAAAUUCCGAGACACCGCCUUUGUCCUCAUGGAUGUCUGAUUAAGGACACCCAAUCUUCCAUUAACAUCAGUUCAAAUUCGUAAAUAACUUUCUGCAUUGAAUUUUCCGGAUGAAUUCUUUGAGCGAGGCGUUUUGUCUGUCAGGUUUAUAUAAGCCCUGUUGUAUUUCAGUUGAAUAUAAGUCCAUUUUUCCAUUUGCAGAGUAUUUACUAUUGUUCUGUUUAUCUGAAAUGUUGCGAUACUCUGUAGCUUCAGAUUAACAA